UACACCAUCACGCACAUCCUCUCUCUCUCUCUCUCUCUCUUGCUGUAGCUCUUUCUUUUGUCUGUUUGUUUCUGAGCAUGUGAGUCAGCUGCAUCCUCAGCACCUGGGAUUUAUCCUUCAGUUUCCAGAGGGGGUAGCUGCAUCGCUGACUCUUGGCACCUCAGGAAAACACCCUGGUUACCGGCUCUGCAGGUUUGCUGAUUGGGGCUCUAUAAGCCAGAAUCUCUGCAGGUGCAUUAGAGAGGAGAGGGAGGUCAACAUGGGCUCCAGCUCCUCCUCCUACGCCCCUAAAACCAUUUACCUGGAUGUAGAUGGGAAAAUACAAAAGGUGGUGUUCAGUCGGCACUGCAGCCCAUGUGACAUCAAGGAGCUUCUGUGUUCCUCCUCCAACAUACCCAGGAACACUGCUAUCAUGAUGGUGGACCCAGAAGGGGCCUUGGUCUCCAUUGAUCCCACCAUGCCCACCAACUCCCCAAACUCUUUGUACAAAGUUGUCCCUCUGUCUACUGGUAAUCUUGGAGAUAAGGAGGACAUGUUUCAGAACGUGCUCUCCCAGGUGGCUGAUCAGUUCAGCAGAGCUUUUCGCAUCAACGAAUUGAAGACUGAGGUCACCAACAGGCUAGCAAUGCUGGAGAAGAGAGUCGAACUGGAGGGUUUGAAGGUGGUCGAGAUCGAGAGGUGUAAAAAUGAACUGAAGAAGCUUCGAGAUGAGAUGACUUCAAGAGGUGGUGGCAGAGUAAACUGUCCAUGCAAAUACAACUUCUCAGACGACGGAAAGAAGGUCACUCCUAGACGAGAUGUCCCCAAUUACCCAAAGUACACACUGUCUCAGGAGACUAUCGAGGCACUCAAGAAGCCAACAUUUGAUGUCUGGCACUGGGAACAUAACGAGAUGCUGAGUUGUUUGGAGUACAUGUACCAUGACUUGGGACUGGUGAAGGAAUUCAACAUGAACCCCAUUACGCUCAAACGCUGGCUGUUGGCAAUUCAGGAAAACUACCGUAUCAACCCUUUUCACAACUUCCGUCAUUGUUUCUGCGUCAGUCAGAUGAUGUAUGGGAUGAUCCACCUCUGCGACCUACAGGAGAAGCUGACUCUCACAGAUAUGGGCAUCCUAAUGACAGCUGCGGUGUGUCAUGACCUGGACCACCCUGGCUACAAUAACACUUACCAAAUCAAUGCCCGCACAGAGCUGGCAGUGCGCUACAACGACAUAUCCCCCCUGGAGAACCACCACUGUGCCGUGGCCUUCCAGAUCCUCUCUCUGCCGGAGUGCAACAUCUUUGCAAAUGUGGAUCCAGAGGCGUUUAAACAGAUCCGACAGGCGAUUAUCACCCUCAUUCUGGCCACAGACAUGGCCAGACACGGGGAGAUACUAGACUCCUUCAAGCACAAAGUGGACAACUUUGACUUCACCAAUGAAGAGCAUGUGACUUGUCUGAAGAUGGUUUUGAUCAAGUGCUGCGAUAUUUCCAACGAAGUGAGGCCAACUGAUGUCGCAGAGCCUUGGGUGGACUGCCUGCUGGAGGAGUACUUCAUGCAGAGUGACAGGGAGAAGUCGGAGGGUCUCCCCGUGGCUCCCUUCAUGGACAGAGAUAAAGUCACCAAACCCACAGCUCAGAUCGGAUUUAUCAAGUUUGUUCUCAUCCCAAUGUUUGAGACUGUCAUGAAGCUUUUCCCUCAAAUAGAGGAGAUCAUGGUUCAACCUUUGAGAGACUCUCGUGACCACUACGAGGAGCUGAAACAGAUCGAUGACGCUAUGACAGAGGCACAGAAGAAAAAAACUGAAAAUAUGUCAUUAGGCGGGAAGAAGAAGUAAACUCUGCAGUGAGUGAGUCCAGUGGUAUAUGUGGGUCUUCUUUCGUGUUCAAAUUAAGGGCAGACUUUAAAAAACCUGACUGAGGCUUCAGUGAAGACGACCUGCGCCACUCCCAGACGACAGAUGGAUCAGCCGGGAGAGAAACGAGACUUCAUGGCUACAUACUGAACUAAACUUAGGCGUCAAUAUGGCGUAUCUUGAACUUUGACUUAGACUUUUUGCACUGGAUGUAACAGAGAGGGACCCUGCGACCUCUCUGCAUAUUUAAGGUGUUUAUGUUGUUCUCUCUACUUUUCUCUUUUCAUAGUGACUCAAGGGUGUGAAGGGCCAGUUUUUUCCAAAAAUACAAAAAAAAAAUUACAGGUUGAUUACCAUGCAUUUUGAAAGUAUAAAAUGGCAGCAGAUAAAGCCUCAUGUAGCAAAUGUUUAGUAAAACAGUAAAACAUUUCUGCAAACAUAACCAUUUGUUUCUUCCCAAUUCAUUAGAAAAACUGAAAUGCACCAAAGUGGGAUGUUUUCACCUCAAUGUAGCAAUAUAUGUUUGACUGAUAUGAUGCACUGAGUGUUUUCCGUAUAAUUUGCACCUCAUUUUCUUAUUUGUUCACACACAAAAAGCAGUUCAAUAAAACAGCAUAAGUCUCUGUGUGUUCUUUAACCUCCAUUUAUAAUAAAGCCACGCAGUAGAGCGUUUUACCCAAAGUCUGACCGAGUUGAAGAUGUUGAAAGGUUUGUUAGAUUACUAAAAAAAAAAAAUUGCAAUAACAACGAGUGAAGCAGGAUGUAUUUGAUGCUGAAGAAUAUCAAGUGGAAAAACUCCUGCUGACUGUGUCCUUAUAAUACCAAAAUACAGAAAUGAUUACGCAACUACUGGAUAUAAACUGACCUCUCGUGUGCUUUGAAUGCCUGUACGUGACAUGUGUUAUAUACUGUAGAUAAACAUUUAAUUUGAUUUCCCCCCCCGGAUAAUAAAAUUUGCACAAAACUUU